GUUUUGACGCGUCAAGCGCUGUUUGCGGCGAGAAGCGUGAGAACAGAUAGCAGUAGCGUUGAGAGAAAGCGGGGGGCAGUUUCACCAUGGAUGGAGGCAAGAACGAAACCCGAGGUAAGGUUGGUUCUCAGGCAAUGGAGGAUCCCCAGGCGUUGGCAGCCCUGCAGGACAGCGUUUUGCACUCUCCAGCCACAAUCCUUGAGAGCCUGCCCAAGUCCGUUAAGAGAAGAGUCAAUGCCUUAAAGCAGCUGCAGGUCCGGUGUGCUCACACAGAAGCCAAAUUCUACGAGGAGGUCCAUGAACUGGAAAGAAAGUACGCCUCCCUCUACCAGCCCCUGUUUGACAAGCGAAGAGAUGUUAUAACUGGCACAGUGGAGCCCACAGAUGCAGAAUGUGAGUGGCGCAGUGAUCAUGAGGAGGAAGAGGAGUUGUCAGAGGAGCUGAAGAAAAAAGCCUGCAUGGAGGAGACAAAGGAAGCAGCCCCUUCAGAGGAAGACCCCAAGGGCAUCCCUGAGUUCUGGCUCACAAUCUUCAAAAAUGUAGAUAUGCUCGGUGACUUGCUGCAGGAGCAUGAUGAGCCAAUCCUGAAACACUUGCAGGACAUCAAAGUGAAAUUUUCAGAGCCUGGGCAGCCUAUGAGUUUUACAUUAGAAUUCCACUUUGAGCCAAACAGCUACUUCACCAACACAGUCCUGACAAAAGUGUACAAAAUGAAGUCAGAACCAGACCGUGAAGAUCCCUUCUCUUUUGAAGGGCCGGAGAUAAUAGACUGUGAAGGCUGUGAAAUAAACUGGAACAAAGGCAAGGAUGUGACGGUGAAGACAAUAAAGAAGAAGCAGAAGCACAAAGGCCGUGGCACAGUGAGGACGAUUACCAAGACAGUCCCCAAUGACUCCUUCUUCAACUUCUUCAACCCCAUCAAAGUUGCAGAGACAGAAAUGGAUGAGGAUUCUGAGUUCACUUUAGCCGCAGAUUUUGAGAUCGGCCAUUUCUUCCGUGAGCGGAUAGUCCCCCGAGCUGUACUUUACUUCACUGGGGAAGCCCUGGAGGACGAUGACAGUUUUGAAGAAGAGGAACUUGAGGAAGGAGAAGAGGAGGAUCAUGGCGAAGAGGGUGAUGAAGAUGAUGAGGGAGAUUAUGACCCCAAGGCAUAAUUCAUUCAGAGUUCAUGCAUUUAUAGCAAGAAGAGCCCCAGUCUGCUGAAUGCAAACAGCAAUGACGUGGAGAUCCCGUGGCCGCAACAUCGAGUUCUCACGUCAGCCUGAUUUGGACAAAUACUCAAGUCUGCGGAGAGCCAUCACCUCCUUGCAGGACUGCCCCUAAGCAAACCUCUAACUCAAACUUACAGAAAAAAAUGUUUUUAAAGUGCAUGGCUGGUUUGUGUCCCCAUCUUUUGGUCCCUGUACAAAGUAAAGCUCUUUUUCUAAAAUAGUAAUAAAGCGGUGUAAAUAAACUUACAAAUGGGUAAGACGAAAUGAAACUGCAAUUAUGUUAUAGGUUACUGUAUGAAAUGGAGCUGAAGAGCCACCACUGGAAAAACCCCGCAUCUUGUGAUAAACACCACAUUCCAGAUGCCCUGUUAGAUUCAUUUUGACAACCCAAGAUUUUCUGAGCAAAUCUUACUGUUGACUUGACACCAUAGGCUACUCAGGGUUUUUUAUGCCAAGAAAAAAAAAAAAAAGCAAAUGUAUCAAAGUACAACAAAGUGGUGACAAGAACUUUAUAUAUGUUAUUGGGAUUGCUUAGUUAAACUCUGUUAAUGAUACUUUUAAAAUUUUCUCUUAUCUGCAAUAUAUUUAUUAGUUUGUUUUAUUCUGGUUUGAAAUAAGUGAAAGUUUUGGGAUCUAAGAAGAGUUCAGUGUGAGGGAACAGUCAGGUGGUCUCCAUUUAAUGAGCCAUGCACUGAGGAAUCGGUGGAAUAAAGCCACUUAGUUUUAAUCUUCAGUCAGACCAAUGCUGUUUGACAGCCCAGGCAUUUGCUAAUCUGUAAAUUGUGUAUGUUGCCAAAUUAUUUCACAUUUGAAAAUUUUAGUAAAGCAGGUGUUCUCACUUGUUUUCUAUUAACUUGUGAAGAUGUUUACUUAUCAUCGUUAACCAUGGUUAAAUGGGGUGGAUGGGGGAAAAAAAAUGACUGAAGACUCCAGAGAGACCAAUCCUGGGAGGAAAUGUUUAGGUAUUUCAUUGACUUGUGCAAAAAGGGUUGCAUGUUGUAAGCUGUCCUGUUUAACCAGUUGUCAAUAUGUGCAAAGUGGAACAUAAUGAUGAAUUGGGGGAGUUUCACAGGAGCAUUGGAAUUUCUGUAUAGUUUUAAAUUCACUAAUAUUGGCAAUGUAACAGGGUAGUGAAUAAUAUUACUUUGACAGUUUGGAUUUUGAUGAAACGUAUGCCUCUUUCUGUCUCGGGAAAGUACCAGAUAGAAAUGGAUAUGUGUUUGAUGCAGACUUUGCUUUUGAACAUUAAUAUGACUGACCCAAGAAGCCCUGCACCAUGACCCUCUGUUGACACUGUUCCAGCUGUUUCCCUACACUGCUCUAAAGCAUCUGUUACUCAGUACAGUGUUUCAGGUUGUACAGAAUAGUUAGGAUAUUCUAUUAAAAGUUGU